UACAGUGCCUUCUAAAAUGCUCAAGAGAGGUUCUAUACACAUAUCAAUGUUCUCAAAUUCUAACCUAUUGGUUGGAUUGUACCGUCCGAGGAGACGACUCCGGCGACGGAGAGGAAGCAGCGUUCGGCUAGGGAACAAGCAGCGACGAUGUUUCUGCCUUGGAUCGCGUCGUGUUGUACAAUGGGGUGUUAUAGUUCCUUUUAGGAUGUUGAAGAAAAUCAUCAUGGAAAUUGUACCAAAGGGAAAUUGGAUUGAGGCUUAUUGUUGGUCUCUACCACUUCUACGUCCUCAACUGUUUCCUCUUUGUUAAUCACAAAUAAUGGAUUUCAUUCCCCAUGCACUAUCUAUCAAAAUUGUGAAACCAUAAAAAAUAUAGAACCACAUGAAUGAGUGUGUAAGUUCUUAAGUUGUAAUUCAGAACUUCCCAUGUUUUAUCGAUCUGCUUGGAGAAAUAACCCUAUAUACAUUUUCUUUUGUAAUCCAUCAUGUAUAAUUUACAAGAAAAUCAAAUUUCUCUAUACAUUUGUGACUA